UACACAUAUGAUUGAGAUCCUUAAUAAAAAAAAACCACUUUGCAUAUAUAUAAUUCACAUUCUCGUUUCAUUUCUAUCUCUUCCGAAUAUCAUUCAAACAAAAUAAAAGUAACAAAUUAUCACUUUAGCCUAUAUCAUUCCUUUGAUCGAUCAGGUAGUUUUCUUACUUGUAUAACAGUCUCCGUUAGCCCACAAUGGGAGAUGCUCACGAUACGGAUAAGAACAUUGAGAUAUGGAAAAUCAAGAAGCUUAUUAAGGCAUUGGAAGCUGCUCGUGGUAAUGGUACCAGCAUGAUCUCUCUUAUAAUGCCUCCACGUGAUCAAGUAUCCCGGGUCACUAAAAUGCUUGGAGAUGAAUUUGGAACCGCUUCAAACAUAAAAAGUAGAGUAAACCGUCAAUCUGUUUUGGGAGCAAUCACAUCUGCCCAACAAAGACUAAAACUCUACAACAAGGUUCCCCCAAAUGGGCUUGUGCUUUACACUGGAACCAUUGUAACCGAAGACGGUAAGGAAAAGAAAGUCACCAUUGAUUUUGAACCUUUUCGUCCCAUCAAUGCAUCCUUGUAUCUCUGUGAUAACAAAUUCCAUACAGAAGCGCUGAAUGAACUAUUAGAGUCUGAUGACAAGUUCGGUUUUAUAGUUAUGGAUGGAAACGGGACCUUAUUUGGAACAUUGAGUGGUAAUACUCGAGAAGUGCUUCACAAGUUCAGUGUCGAUCUCCCAAAGAAGCAUGGAAGAGGAGGGCAAUCUGCAUUAAGGUUUGCUCGUUUACGGAUGGAGAAAAGGCAUAACUAUGUGAGGAAGACUGCCGAGCUGGCAACACAGUUCUAUAUCAAUCCUUCAACUAGCCAGCCUAAUGUUUCAGGACUCAUACUUGCAGGGUCUGCUGACUUCAAAACUGAGCUUAGCCAAUCUGAUAUGUUUGACCCCCGCCUGCAAGCAAAAAUCCUGAAUGUUGUUGAUGUUUCUUAUGGAGGUGAAAACGGUUUCAAUCAAGCAAUAGAAUUAUCUGCCGAGAUUCUUGCAAACGUCAAGUUCAUACAAGAGAAACGCUUGAUCGGCAAGUACUUUGAGGAGAUUAGUCAAGAUACCGGGAAAUAUGUUUUUGGUGUGGAUGAUACAUUGAAGGCUCUUGAGAUGGGGGCAGUUGAUAUACUCAUAGUUUGGGAAAAUCUAGAUAUUAAUCGGUUUACUCUUAAGAAUAUUACAACUGGUGAGGUGAUUAUUAAGCAUCUGAGUAAAGAGCAAGAAAGUAUUCAGAAAAACUUUAGGGAUGCAACCACCAAUGCCGAACUAGAAGUUCAGGAAAAGAUGUCUUUGCUUGAAUGGUUUGCUAAUGAAUACCGAAAGUUUGGUUGCACACUUGAGUUUGUCACCAAUAAGUCACAAGAGGGAUCUCAGUUUUGCAGAGGUUUUGGUGGAAUAGGAGGAAUCCUUCGUUAUCAGCUGGAUAUCCGAUCAUUUGACGAGCUUUCUGAUGAUGAAUUGUAUGGUGAUUCUGAAUAGCAAUCAAUCAUCCUUUACAUGCCGUUGCAGGCGAAUGUGGAAAACAGCCUGCACCGGGCACGAGCUCUCGCCAUUGUCACUGCUGUUCCUGUAUUGUUCUCACUCCGUGGAACUCACGUUGAGCUGUUGGAAAAAAUAUGUCUGAACAGAGGCGCCGCCGACGAUCCUGUAUUUCUUUAUGGAACUGCAGAGCCAUGCUGGACUCGUUUAAGCUCACAUCCAAACUAUUCAUAUAAGCAUGCUGGCCAUCACCUGCCCAUGGUUGUCUGAAAGCUUUCUUCUUGUGCUUAGGAGGAAGCUUCAACUGGUAGAGGCCUUUGCCUAAUGAUAUUCUCCAAGUAUACGAUGGUUACAUUUGUGGUAUUUGCCAACAAUAAAUAUGCUACAUGUGUAUAACAUGUACUAGAUCUAAAUAAAAAUCGCUUGUGUACUACUUAAGAGGUUUGUUAUCCUACAAUCCCCUACUUAUGUUUAUAAGUGAUUACAUCAACUAAAGAUCCAAAUUGAUUAAUAGUUGUAAUACUUAUUCCUCUUGUUUUGAUCGACAA